CCAUAUUUCGUCAGCGAGGCCACAUCGCGCCACCUCUCGGCGGUGGCCUUGGUGGGGCGACGCAUCGCACGAUCGUGACGUAACCCUCGUGUGGCUGGCCCUUGCCUCGAUCAUUCAACUUGCGGCAGCGACAGCGGCUCCUCAUCUCCAUCUCGGGGUGUGCGUUGCUAUGGUGCCUUAGACGAGGCCCUGCGCUCUUUGGUUCCGGUUAUCCAGCCGUGUGCGCAAAGUCUCUCUGCUGACCGCGCUUGAAACACAAUGCAGGGAACGAUCAAGGUAUUCCUGAGCGUCAAAGCAUGCAAGAAUGUGCGCACAGUAACCAGAUUGCCACCAAAAAUCUUGCUAUGUCGAGGACUGCUGACUUCAAGGUCGCAUGGACAGAUCGAAGCUGUUGCCACACAGGUUCUUGAGCCCACUGCCGCUGCACUGAAGAAGCAGCCUGCACCAGUGGAACCACCUGAAUGGCCUUACACGGAGCGCACCGUAAAAGUGCACACUUGUGCAAAACUCUACCAGGACUGGAGAAAGUGGAAGCCAGGCUACCAGAAUGCACCUCCCGAAGGCGUUGAAGUGGAACUGGGCUACAUGCACACGGGCUUGGACAGACCGGUGGCUCAGCGUGCAGGCAGCCCCACGGUGCUGCUGCUGCACGGGGCACCCGGCAGUUACCGUGAUUUCACUCAACUGGUGCCUUUCCUGGACAGUCAAGGUGUCACUGUCAUCUCGCCCCGGUGGCCUGACUUGCGCUUGAGCUACCAGACCGGAACAUUCUGGCAUUCAGCAGAAGAAAAGACGCAGCUGCUGACGGACUUCCUCAAGGCCAUCAACAUCAGCAAGGUUGACAUGCUGGUGGCUCACAGCAGUGCCAUCUACCCGACCUUAAAUGUCAUGACCAGGCCAGGCAUGCCACAGGUGAAAGCAGUCGCCCUGCUGGCACCAGCAGGACAUCAGCUGGUCAGAGCAAUCAGGCCGCUACCCCUGAUGCGAGCCUUUGCAGUUCACUACACGAAUCCACGGUAUCAAGGCUUCAUGAGACAUUUGGGCAUUGCCAUAAUGAAGUACACGAGGAAUCCCAUCAAGCCCAACAUUGAAGAUGCCAUUAUGUCGCUGCAAACUAUGAUCUUUUCCGACUAUGAAGAGGCGGGUGACAAGAUCAAGCAAGUUGCAAACAGUGGGAUACCUUUGCUUAUAGCAUUCAGCGAGAAUGAUCGAGCCAUCAACCCUGAAGUGAUCUUCAACAUGGUGGACCUUAUCGGCACACGCAAUCAAGAUCUGUGGCUCUAUGAUGCCGAUGGGAAGUUGGUCAGAAAAGGGUCGACAUCAGGCUCCAGGAAAGUGAUGCUGUUCAAGAAAGGAGGCCACUACCUGUUCCGCCGGCAUCCAGAGGUUGUCAAUUCUGCCGUUAUGGAGCUUCUCCAGACAGCCCUUGCAUCUAGCAAAUAACAGGUCUUUCACACGAUGCCGAAUGCUUGGCUAAGGCAACACUUCUCGCUAUGCCAUUGCUAUCGUCGUAAAUUCUGCGUCAAGUGAACUUCCUUAAAGCGAAACAAACACAGUGUGCUGCAAAGUAAUAUCGACUUCCGUUAACUCUCUCUUCAUUCUGCAAAUGGUUCUCAUAUUUGUCCAACCGCUACUGCGAUGAUUCAUGAGCGUGACAUUUUCCAGCAUUGUUCAUUGGCAUGCCCUGGCACUCAGAAACAUUAGGAAACUGUGUGUAGCAGUCCACUAUACAUUACAGCUUUAAAAGUCAGCCAAACCCUGGGUAACUCUUCUGUUUUGAAACUUUGUAUAUAACACCAUCUCUGAAACCUUUGCACCAUCUUCUGACACAUGCCUUUCCACUGGUUAUUUAAAGAUUCUUUGCAGUGAGUGAAACCAUCCAUAGCUUGAUUGCUCAAGUUUGACAGCCUGACUUCUUUGCACACACUGUUAUCUGCAGCACCUAAAUUAAUUGUGUGUCUGAAAGAUCAGCUGAGGUAGCCUGCAGUCACCUAAACCUAGCUGAAAUCUUCGUUUACGUUGACAAACAAUAAUAUGUAAUGGUGUACAGGUCACUUGAUGUGUGUACAUUGGUAGUUCUGAUGAGUGUCACUUUAAGCACUCACUAAUGGGACAAUCUCAGGAAUUCCGCCUACUCCAAACUAUAGUUUUCCAUUUCGGCUUCUCGUAAAUCUUUAAGUAUAGCAGUCUAAUAAUAUGCAUGAUGCAAAGUAAAGCUAGAUAAAGGAUAAUCAUCACCCAGAAAGUGGAUCUUCAAGAAACGCCGAGCAAUAUCUAGAGCAGGGGUCUCAAUCUCACCUCAGCUAGUGGGCAGCAGUCAUGAAAUUUAGUCCCGGGAGGGCCAACAGGGGAGAAGGUCAAAGCGGAGGGG